GGAGUAAGUCACGAUUACAGCCACAAAUCUUAAGGAAAUAAAAACGAACCCAUUUCAGUUGAUAACUGCGAUAACAAUGCGAAUAACGUUGCCAACCAUAUUAGAAUACGAUAAUCAGUUUGUGUUUGCAAAAUUGAAGUAUCUGGUGAUAAGGGUUUAUUUAUCACUAACUGGGAUUAUAGUGCUUGAAAUGUUACUCAUAUAUCUAAGUGUUAUUCUGAUCUAUAUGACAACCGAUUGGAUUGCUGUGCUGUAUUUACCUCUGCUUAUAUAUGCUAUGCAUCGUACAUAUGCCACUUGUGUUUUGUAUCUAGCGAGGCUUAUAAGUGACAAAGAUGCUUAUCUUUUUCUAACUGAACAUUGGCGCAGAUACUUUGAGCAUGAUGAUCAAUUUUGGAUUGAGAUACAGACAAAGUUGCAGUGUUGUGGUUUGGAAAGCCCACGAACUUAUCUGAUGUACUCGCGCCAGGUGCAUCCGACCUGCUAUAGUCAUCAUCAUGGAGAAAUCGAAUUGAUCACCAGAGGAUGUGAGGAUGUUGUCUACGAUCAUUUCUUUGCUGUGCAGAUUCUCGCCAAGGGACUCAGCUGGUUAGCAUUGGGUCUUCAGUUGUUAGCGACUGUGUUCUACUUGGGUUUUGUGCUUCACAAAUAUAUGUACAUUAUUUAUCCAAAUAUGAGGAGAGUCAGAAUAUACAUUUACUAAUUUGAGAU